AUGGAAACUAACAGCGAAUAUAUAUUUGCAACGUUUACCGCGCGUAAUUAUUUAGACGGGUUAGCGACUGAACUUAAAGUAGAAAUUAUUCUCCACUUGAGUAAUCCUACACCACUCGCUCGAUGCUCCCGUGCUUGGUACGCCACAGUAAACUCACCUGCCACAAAAGCCAGGUGGCUGACCUACAGAUAUGGUAAAACUCAUGCACUGUUUCAUGCAGUAAGAAUGGGCGAGCCAUUCAUUAAUGUUGAAGUAGUCGACUGUCUAUUUGCUCAAAAAGUCCAUCUCAGCCGAUACUUUAUUCAGCGGGUGAUGCUUGGAUUUGGCAAGUAUGACAGCAGGCUUAUUGAUCUCAAGUUAACACACAACAUAAGACCGCUCGAUCCGGAUCGUAAAAAAAUUAUUCAGAGUAAAAUCCGAAGCCCGUGGGCGAGCAAUCUACCGUUCAACGUUUUUUCUAGAAUUCUCAAAGAGGGCCAUGACCGAUUUGACGGAAACGACAUCCCGGUGCGCGGAAAUGACAUGGAAUCGUUUUAUUAUCUUUCAGCUGGUCCGCUAGUUAUUAGCGAAGCAAGAAAAAAGCUGCAGGAUAACAUAAACGAAAUUGAAAGGUUGAUCACAACUUUUAGAUUUGCGCCCUUUCCUCCAAGGCCCAAAAUCCGAAGGCAUAUUCCUGAGAGUACAGAGUCACGCUCUGUUAACUACGAUGACUAUCCACCUACUGAUGGCUACGAGAAUGUUCGUCAAUUGAAUGUCAUUGCUCGGGCUAUACUCAUCCAUCCCAAUUUAGUGAAUGUCUGGAAAAAAAUUGGAUACAAUGAAGUUGUUCACGAUGUAAAUGAUCUUGUCAUGCAAGGCUCGUUAUUAAUUCUUUAUCCUCCUACCCCAACAGCUUGUUGGGUUAAACCAGGUUUAGAUCAAGUCGUAAAACAACUAAAUGAUCUGCAAAGCAUUGGAUUCAAACUAACAGAUGGGUUGAUCGGAGACGCUCUGGUUCUAUUCGAGCAUAGGUUGAAAGAUAUAGGAGAAGUAUUGAUAGAUGCAUUUGUCAUUGUUCGCGAUCUGAAUAGCAACACAAUACUUUCUACAUGCUUGAGAGAACUGUUGCAUCCAGACAAAAGCCUCAAGCGACAUGAUGUGCUAGAUUAUAUACUUGAUCGAAUUGAUGACCCCCAAUUUGAAGUUAUCUCUGCCCUUGAAAAUUACGGGAUUGUUGAUAAUAACCUGGACAUGACUAAGUUAACCUUACAUACACGCCUUCAGUACACGCCUAUCGUAUAUCGUUACAUGUUGGUAAAAUUUGGCAAACAGUCUCUAGUUACAAAGUAUUUGAUGAGAGAGAUUAUAAUGGUAAAAAUAGCGACAUCUCAGUCAGCAAACACGCCUCAACAUGUGGCCGAAUCGGAUACUAUUUUCAACGAAUACUACAAGGCCAAAGUUCCGUUUGAACCACAAUGUUUACAAUUGAUCAAAACAUGCUCGAGUGAUUUUAUAGUCAAAUGCGUAUUUGAAGGAUACUUGGCCAAACUUUUUAAUUUCAAGGUCGAUUUUCACCCGCCGCGGACAACUCGGACUCCGGACUUGAAGGAAGUCACCCCAUUUAUGCAAGCAAAUUCCAAGAAACGGACAAACAGGCACGUAAAGAAAGAAAAAUCGGAUUUACAACAAGAAUGGCAAAACGUCCUUUAUGAAUGCUAUCAUGGAAAAGGGGAAUUUACCGAUGUGUUCAGAACACAAAUUCACAAGUUUAUCAAGCGCUUAGAUUCUUUGAAAGAGGACAUUCAAGAAAACCCGCAAGAAGUAAGUUCUGCCCAAGCCCAAGUAGAAGUCCCUUCCAACAAUAACCAUACUGACUUUGGUGAAUUGGAUCUAGUGGCUAAGUAUUCUCAGAUGUCAAUAUCUCUGGGUGUUCCUUGA